ACAGGGCAAAACACAGAAGCAAAACAAUCGCCGAGCAGCAAAGGAACAAAUUUCGUGAGCAAAGUCUAAUAUUAAACAUAUAAAUAAGACGAGGUUCAUCAGAACAACAGUAACAUGACUAGACUGCUGCUAAGUGUUUGUGUCGUCUUGAUGGCGACAACUUUGCUGCAAACGACUUAUGCGCGUCGCCAUGGAAGCAGACAGAACAAUAAAGUUGAACUAAAGCGGUUCUCUUUCAAGUCGCGUGAACAAACGGAGUUUCGCGACAACAAACUACCUGAAACACUGGACUACGACAUUGACAUUGAAGGAUUUCCUGUGACAACGCUCGAACUCGUUUUGAACACAAGGAUGAAUGUACCGGAAGGUGAAUUUGGAAAUGAAAGAAACGGUUCCCGUAAAUCUAACAGACAACGGACCAAGAAGGUCGGCAUAUACACGGACAAGAACGGGCAUGGAUCUUUUGCAUGCGAAGCGACCAAAGGCAAUGAUUGGCAGUUGAACUGCGAUCUCAGCGGCCUUGUUUACUUCAAUACCGAAGCGUGUUACAUUGGAGGAGGCGUAGAAGAGGCGGAGUGCGGAAACGCUACCACGGAAGGAGAACUGUUAACCUUCUACCCACCCGAUGUUGAGAGAUCAAAGCGUUCCGUUGCCACGCACCAUACAGCAGAUUUACUGGCUCGUGGACGUCGUUCCAUCCUCCCUUCUCCUGGUUUUAAGGUCGUUGAAAUGGCAUUUGCGUUGGAUGCCGCAUUCAUGGACCAAUUUUACGAUCGCCAUCCCGGAAAUACGGCGGCGGCCCGAGAAGAAGCUGAAAUUUUUAUGGCCCUUUUGGCAAACGAGAUGAAUGUUUUCUACGCAUCCGUUAAAGAGGCCUCUAACGGUGCCCUCGACCUUUAUGUUUACCCUGCGGCCGUCGUCUACCCAAGUUACGGGUCUGAUUUCGCCUGGUCCGCAAACCACAAAAGUGGCACUACUCUUUUAUCGGGUACUGCCUUUGACGCUGAUCUGAGAGCGUUUUUCAGCAGUGGCUUCACAUCCAGGCAACAUGAGCAUGCAAUGGCUCUUACUGGGUUAGAUCUCCUUGGCAGCGAUGGAAGCAGCGGAUUGCUAGGAUACGCCUACGUGGGAACAGUAUGUGUAAACACUCAGUACAAGUACUCCAUCAACGAGUACGCCGCCUCCAACGUGGCGUGGGUGGCGUCACAUGAGCUGGGACACGCACUUGGUUCUCAACAUGACCAGUCCACCGACUGUCCGGCCGGCAGGAACGUUAUGUCAGCCUACCUGUUUUCGCCUUCCUCCACCACCGCGGACACUUACAGCAGAUUUUCGACGUGCAGCGCAAGCCAAUUUAUCACCCAUCUAAACAGUAAAACCGACUGCACCGCCCAAAAUGGCUUCACGGACGAGCAGUUCCGAGCCUCGUUUUGCAGUGGCCUGCUUGGUCAGCGAGACAACAGUCUAAACUAUCAGUGUCAGCAGCGAACUGGUUACGCCGGGAGCACUGUGUGCAGCGGAACGAUCAGCGGCGACGCGGGAUGUUACGCCUACGGUCAAGUUGCGUGUAGAGAUGCAAGCGGUGCAUGCAGCGUCAGACUCGGAUUCGUGUGGAAUGGAACCCCGUGCGGUAUUGGGCGGAUGUGCUUUAAAGGACGAUGCGUUGCUAACUUUGAUGUUUGCAACUCCGUAACAACCGCUGCUCCAACAACUGCAGCACCUACAACCGCUGUUCCAACAACCGCUGCUCCAACAACCGCCGCUCCAACAACCGCCGCUCCAACAACCGCCGCUCCAACAACCGCCGCUCCAACAACCGCCGCUCCAACAACCGCUGCUCCAACAACCGCUGUUCCAACAACCGCCGCUCCAACAACCGCCGCUCCAACAACCGCCGCUCCAACAACCGCCGCUCCAACAACCGCCGCUCCAACAACCGCUGCUCCAACAACCGCCGCUCCAACAACCGCCGCUCCAACAACCGCCGCUCCAACAACCGCUGGUCCAACAACCGCUGCUCCCACAACUGCUGCUCCCACAACCGCUGCUCCCACAACCGCCGCUCCAACAACCGCCGCUCCAACAACCGCUGCUCCAACAACCGCUGUUCCAACAACCGCCGCUCCAACAACCGCCGCUCCAACAACCGCCGCUCCAACAACCGCCGCUCCAACAACCGCCGCUCCAACAACCGCAGCUCCAACAACUGCCGCUUCAACAACCGCUGCUCCAACAACCGCCGCUCCAACAACCGCCGCUCCAACAACCGCCGCUCCAACAACCGCUGGUCCAACAACCGCUGCUCCCACAACUGCUGCUCCCACAACCGCUGCUCCCACAACCGCUGCUCCAACACCCACUGCUCCAUAUGGUGAAGAGUGA